GGCCGAGAGUACGGGACGAAAGUGAGAGAGGAAACAAAAACACUGGCGUGCUAUCCUCGCCGCAGAUGCCAGAUCUGUAGAGCUGUCGAAGACAAGUCAGUGCAAAAAUAAAAGCUGGGUGAUCGGUGUUUCCAAGCCUCCGUUGUGUGGGUGACAUUUGCGGUAUGCAGACAAAUUGUGCUCCGAGCCAGCUCGCUGACAGAACGUUUGUCAGGUCGUCUGCGUUGGCUAGCUAGCUAGUGAGCUAACCAUGUUAGCUAGCUGACAACACCGUUAGUGGAGAGAAUACACGUUCAGAAAGUGACAGUUAGGCAAUUGUGAAAUAAACAGUUGUUUUUACCUCUUCGUUUCCGAGAGCUAAAAUUGGUUGCAGCCUGAGCGGGAAAUUUGAUUUAACGCACUAGUUAGCGCUUAGCCAACUGGUUAGCAAGCUAACAUUGCGGAUUUCUUGUUUGCAGCUUCAGAGUUAGCAUUAGCAGACGUCUGUUAGCUUGCUCAGCUGUUUUGGGUGACUUGGGGUUGUUCCGACACAGGAAAGAUACACCGGUGUGUAUAGGAAGGAUAUUUUCCUCUGUAUAUAUAAAAGUAACCGAGACGGUUCCGAGUAGGCCCGGGUUAACGGGUGUCGUGGAGGACCGCUAACAUUAACGGUACCACAGCCGGGACUGUAAACAUACGUGAAGCCGAGGAGCUCUCAGCCCUGCGUUGUUGGACGAGGCGCAAACCCAGGCAGCGUCACCAUGGCCCAUUCUCCCGUGCAGGGUAACCUGCCAGGGAUGCAGAAUGCCAAAGUGGACCCGGAGGAGCUGUUCACCAAGCUGGAGCGCAUUGGCAAGGGCUCGUUUGGCGAGGUGUUCAAAGGCAUCGACAAUCGCACCCAGAAGGUAGUGGCCAUCAAGAUCAUAGACCUGGAGGAGGCCGAGGACGAGAUCGAGGACAUCCAGCAGGAGAUCACAGUGCUGAGCCAGUGCGACAGCCCCUUUGUCACCAAGUACUACGGCUCGUACCUGAAGGACACAAAGUUAUGGAUCAUCAUGGAGUAUUUAGGCGGCGGCUCGGCGCUAGACUUGAUGGAGCCCGGCGCUCUGGACGAGACCCAGAUCGCCACCAUCCUGAGAGAGAUCCUCAAGGGUCUGGAGUAUCUGCACUCCGAGAAGAAAAUCCACAGGGACAUCAAAGCUGCCAAUGUGCUGCUGUCCGAGCAAGGAGAGGUGAAGCUGGCAGACUUCGGGGUGGCCGGACAGCUCACCGACACCCAGAUCAAACGCAACACCUUCGUGGGCACGCCCUUCUGGAUGGCGCCCGAGGUCAUCAAACAGUCGGCCUACGACUCCAAGGCUGAUAUCUGGUCUCUCGGCAUCACGGCCAUCGAGCUGGCGAAAGGCGAGCCGCCGCACUCGGAGCUCCACCCCAUGAAGGUUUUAUUCCUCAUCCCAAAGAACAACCCGCCCACGCUGGAGGGAAACUACAGCAAACCGCUCAAGGAGUUCGUGGAGGCGUGUCUCAACAAAGAGCCCAGUUUUAGGCCGACCGCCAAAGAGCUGCUGAAGCACAAGCUGAUCGUCCGCCACGCCAAGAAGACGUCCUACCUGACCGAGCUGGUGGACAAGUACAAGCGGUGGAAGGCAGAGCAGUCGAGAACCACAGAGUCCAGUUCUGACGAGUCUGACUCAGAGCAGGACGGGCAGGCGUCGGGAGGGAACGACUUCGGCAGCGACGACUGGAUCUUCACCAUCCGAGAGAAAGACCCCAAGAAGCUGCAGAACGGGGAGGGGCAGUCGGGGGCCACAGAUCAGACAAAAGACAUUCCAAAGAGGCCUUAUUCACAGAGCCUGGCCACAGUCAUCUCUCCUGCGUUAGCUGAGCUGAAGGCGCGGCAGGAGCAGGUGAACGGGAACCCCAUGGUCCUGGAUGAGCUGAGGGAGGCCAUCCUGCUGGCGGAGGAGGCCUACCCCGGCAUCUCUGACUCCCUGGUGGCCCACAUGGUCCACAGGCUCCAGAGUUUCUCCACGAGCAGGACGUCCUCCUCCUCCCCGUAGUGAUUGGCUCUCUGCCCCAGCCCUGCUCUCCCAGGCCCCCCCCCC